AUGGACGAAUUGACGAAGCUCCAGGCCCAAAGUGACCAACUUGGCGCUGCGAUUAAGAGCUAUAUCAAGUAUCAGCGGGAUAUGAAAUCUUCUGACCAGCUUCGGGCCAAUUCUGAGGCAAACAAGGAGCUCAACAAAGCUAAGACUGUCAUACAUGCUAGCAUGGUCAAGAUAAAAGCACUGCUCGGUGGGCCAGUGGAGUUAAUUCAGGAUCUUGCUCGCCAGGUUGAGGUGCUGGCUUGUCUUAAGUGGCUUGCGGAAUACCAAAUUUUGGCGUGCAUCCCAGCCGACGGCGGCAUGUCCAUGCAAGAUCUUGCUGAUUUGGCAGGGGUUCCACAAAUCCAACUGCACCGAGUCAUUCGCCUCAUGUGUACAUCUGGAUUCCUUCAAGAGCCCCUGCCAAACUAUGUAUCUCAUACUCCUCUCUCGGCACAAUUCGUCACCAAUCAGUCAUUGCUCGAUGCCGCAGUCUUCAUGGCCGACUUAGCAGCGCCGGCGGCAUUGCAUAUGUCUACGGCAACACAGCGCUUUGAUGGCCCAUGGCAUCCGAGAGAGACAACACAUGACCUGGCGCUAAGCACCCUGCAGCCGAUUGGUGUAGCCAUUCAGGAGCAGCCUAGGCUGGGCCGGAAAUGGCCAGCCUACCUCCACGCAGUGGGGUUGCAUCAAGAAAAGGAGAUUGUGGAUACGCUCUCGCAACUCAAAUGGCCUAGCCUCGGUAACGCUUUCAUAGUAGAGGUUGGUGCGCAGUCCACUUCAAUGGCACGGCAUCUCGCAAAGCAGUUCCCUGCUCUCCAUCUGAUUGUGCAGAUCGACCACACGAGGUCGUCCACGUUGAGUCAAUACUCUCCAUACUCUGCACAGCCGAGGGAGAUGAUCAAUGAGCUUGCCCGAGACUUUACAACACAACUGGAACCCGAGUCCAGCUCUAGACCCAGCUCUGCUACCAGUCACAUCACUGUAACAUACCGUUCUGCGGGCAUGCCUCAACCUGUGAUAGACGCAGCUGUUUACAUUCUUCACUUGCCUGUAAUCUCCAUGAGCUCCCCAACCGGAGUAGAGGGAAUGGAUACGGUCAAGGCUGAGCUGAAAGAUUACCUAGGCAUACUUCCUGCCUGUGGUGCUAUUCUACUUAUACUGACGGCAAAUCUGCUUCCCAAGCCAGGUAGUCUCUCUGACCCUACCUUCGAGGCUGUAUUGCGUGCACGAGACCUUAGUAUGCUACAGCUGGCUAAUGAAGGUGAAAUGGAAAUGACAGAGCUUUUAAGAAUAAUAGAGACGAUGAGGGAUGGUCUUGGGAGACUUGUCAUCACUAACCAGCUCCGUUCACCUAAUGGACUUACUGUGGGUCUGACUAUAAAGUAUGAAGCCUAUAGUUAG